GCCGCCACAGUGCAGUGCAGUCUCGCCGAGGGACUUUGGAUGGGCUCUGAGGAUUUCGAUGCUCCACAAUAGGCCUAUUGUUUUGGUUUUAUUUGGGGAGUUUAUGUUUUCUUUUCAAACUUCUAUUUCAACUUACUACGCAUUUUUUACAAGUCUCCACACUUUCUGGAGGUUUUUAUUAGGAGAGUGAAGGAGGGCGGCGCAGGAUGAAUGGAACUACUUCUGAGAAGGCGGCAUCGAGCCUGUCGUCUGAUCUCCACGCCACAGUGAGCGGUCACCCUGGCUCCAAUGAUUUCCCGACGCUGCCAAAGUCUUCUCCCACGGACAUGGGGUUCUACAGCGGCCAGACGAUGCACAGCCACCACGGCUUCUACCCCAGCCACGGCCAGUCCUACUCGCAACCAAUGAAACCAUACUCGUAUCAUCACCAUUACAAUCUCCAUGGGAUUGGGGUAUCGGGGGCCUACAUUGCAAAAUCGGAAUACCCUUAUCCCCCUAAGCAAUACGCUCAUUAUACCCGCGACAUACAGUCACAUCUCCAAGAUAUCGCGAAAGAGGAACCAGAGCCUGAGGUGAGAAUGGUCAACGGAAAGCCUAGAAAAAUCAGAAAACCUCGCACCAUAUAUUCUAGUUACCAGCUCGCUGCGUUGCAACAUCGCUUUCAGGGAGCUCAGUAUUUGUCUCUUCCUGAGAGAGCCGAACUAGCGGCUCAUCUCGGCGUGACACAAACACAGGUCAAGAUCUGGUUCCAGAAUCGGCGUUCCAAAUUCAAGAAGCUGUACACAUACGGGGAAGUUCCACUGGACCAUAGCCCAGGAGCCAGUGACUCUAUGUCCUGCAAUUCACCCCCGUCCCUGGCCAUUUGGGACAGUAGUAUACCCACAGACCCUGCCACUAGAGAGCAGGCUCCCCAGCCCUCCCUCAGCUCCCCUCUAUGUUAUGUGGAGAACUACACUCAUCACUGGUAUCAACAGACCUCACAGUCACGUUCACAGCACUCAGGACUGGUUCUUCAGCACACAACACCACCAAAGAAUAUGGGGGAGGUGUAAUAAUACAAAACGUAUCGGAACAAACUGUGGUCCAACAACAUGGCCGCUCAUUGGAAAUAAAGCCUAGAGGGCUGUGAUGGGAUUUGUGUGCCAAUACAGAGGGCUGAAGUUCACGGACAAGUUGGGAAACAUGCACAAGGACUUAUUGUCUCUGUUGUUCCUUUUUGAUUCAAAACAGAGGAACUGUAUACAAAAAGAAUGGACAAAUCCAUGUUCUGUUUAGAUGGAUGUUUAGAGUGAUGAGUUGCUAAUAUUAUCAGUGGCUCAUUUCACUCUGUUGGAGAGAUUUGAUAUGAGAAUGGAUGGAAUAGCAGCCUAUUUGGUGGCAAUUUCCUUUAUAGUGGCCCACUGUGGGACCAUUAAAUGAACAUAUUCUUUGAUCUACAGCUAUUCAAAUAUAUACUGUCAGUGCAUUCAACACCCUUUGUUUCUUCACAAUAUGAAACACCCACAGAUACAUGGAAGUGGUGUGUGCCAUUUUCAAACAUUCAUAAAUUAUACUUACCAUUUCUUGCAUUUAUAUAGAUAUAAUUAAGGCUCAAUUCACAUAUUGAGCCAUACAACAUUUUAUUACACAAUGGUUCAAAACAAAACAUCUCUUGGAAGUUGCAGAGAACUAUAGGAAAUAAAAACGUGUAUUUGGUACUUUGCAUUUGCAAUAGAUUUUUGGUAAAAGCCAUAAACUCAGGUUGUUAUUUAUAAUGUAGCCUAUUUUAUACUCUAUUGAUAUGUUAAUAUAACUUUGGUGCCUGAGAAACACAUAUUUUAUAGUUAGUCUUUUGUGUGGAUAUUAAAGUUUUUGUUUUUAUUAAUUAUAUUUACACCAAUUGAAAUGAUGUAAUAUUUACACACACAUGCACACACACAGAUGUAAAUAACCCCUUGAGAUAACGUUCAAAUCUUGUUUCCAUAGAUUUCUUUAUACAAAUUAUCCUAUGAAACGGUUGUAAGGACAAAAUGGAAUGGAAGAAAUUAUAUAUUAACAGUCCAGACCAAUAAAUAUAUAGGCGCUUAGAGCUUGAAAUAUACGUUUACUGUGAAAUAUAAUUAGUACAUUGGUUUAAUCACAAAAACACAACAUAAUGAUAUAUUCUCAAUUGAGUUAUUUUAACAACCAUUUAAUCCAAUACCAAAACUUGUCCUUUGAAUGUAAUAUGCUACAGUACUGUAAAUUACAGUACAUUACACUGUUUUACAUUAGGCUAUACACUUGCACUACCCAUGAAAAUUGACUGAACAUCAAAUUUCCAUAAUUUCUAUCCCUUGUGUGAUCAAAAGUGUGAUCAUUGAAGACAUCUUUCACAAUGUAAUCAAAUGAAAGAAAUGAAAGAAACAAUCUUUAGCAGAAACUAGUUUGCAUACAUUUACAUUUAAGUCAUUUAGCAGACGCUCUUAUCCAGAGCGACUUACAAAUUGGUGAAUUCACCUUCUGACAUCCAGUGGAACAGCCACUUUACAAUAGUGCAUCUAAAUCAUU